AUGUCAGUUCAUUUAGUCUCGCAAUUAAAUAAUUCCCUCAUUUAUUCUAUGAACUAUUGUGCUUUUGAAUUUAUUUUACAGACUGCAGCCAAGCUAACAGGAGAAACAGAGACUGAUGUUGAUGAAGGCCAUGACUGGGACAUCUUCGACAUCAAUGAAGCGGCCGGGCUGGACCUGCUGGAGGGAGACAUCGAACAGGAUGAAACCUUCAGCAGAAACUCCAUCAUUGGUGAUAAGUACCGCUGGCCAACAACCAUUCCUUACUACCUGGAGGACAGUCUGGAAAUUAAUGCAAAGGGAGUGAUCCUGAAGGCGUUUGACCAGUACAGACUGAAGACCUGUAUUGACUUCACACCAUGGAAAGGAGAGAAGAACUACAUCUCUGUGUACAAAGGCAGCGGGUGCUCCUCCUCUGUAGGCAACCAGCUUGUGGGAAAGCAGCGGCUGUCCAUUGGUAGUAACUGUGAUCGUCUCGGAACUGUUGAGCACGAGUUCCUGCAUGCUCUUGGAUUCUGGCAUGAGCAGUCCAGAGCUGACCGUGACGAUUAUGUCAACAUCAUGUGGGAUCGCAUUAAAACUGGUAAAAAACACAACUUUGAAAAACACAAUGACAAAGAGUCCAGUGCUCUGGGCGUUCCCUAUGACUACGGCUCUGUGAUGCACUACAGUAAGAACGGCUUCAGCAUUGGCUCUGAGCCCACCAUCGUCACAAAGAUCCCCCAUUUCAAGGAUGUGAUUGGUCAAAGGAUGGGGUUCAGUUCUAGUGACCUAACCAAACUCAACCGUCUCUACAACUGCACCAAGUCAUCUAGCUUUGUGGACAGCUGCGACUUUGAGGAGGAGAACAUCUGUGGGAUGAUUCAGGGUCCUGGGAACGCAAAGUGGGAACAACGCAGAUCUGUGAGAGGAGGGCCUCAGACUGACUUCACCAACAUGGGGCAAUGCAAAGGGAAAGGCUUCUUCAUGCACUUCAGCACAGCUGUUGCUAAACGUGGUGACCGGGCGUUUCUGGAAAGUCGUUGGCUUUAUCCCAAACCUGGAGCCCAGUGUCUGCAGUUCUUCCUCCAUAACACCGGGGCAGCUGAUGAUGUUCUCAGUAUCUGGGUGCGAGAGUAUGACAAGGCCAGCCCCAAAGGGAAAAUGAGCCUCUUCAAGAGCAUUUCAGGAGGUGUUAUGGGCUCAUGGGAAUUGCAUAAUGUCAAUCUGAAUGUGAGAAAGAAGGCCCGUGUGGUUUUUGAGGGCGUGAGGGGAAAGCGUCCAUCGAAAGGAGGCUUCUCUCUGGAUGACAUUAACCUGUCGUCCACAAAGUGCCCUCAGCACAUCUGGCACAUCCGCAACAUCACCGGCUUGAUGGCCACCACGCCAGCAGGAAGUAAACUCUACAGUCCACGCUUUCUGUCUCCAGCAGGUUACUCCUUCCAGGUAGGCGUUUACCUAAAUGGAAUAAAGAACUUUCCAGGAUACAUGGCCCUCUACCUCCACCUGACCUCAGGCCCCAACGACCACAGACUCAAGUGGCCAUGUCCAUGGCAGCAGGCAACCAUGGCCUUGAUGGAUCAACAGUCUGACAUCAGACAGCAAAUGAGCAUGCACCAAAUGAUCACGACUGACCCCAAAAAGAAGUCCUCUGAUGGUACUCAGUACUACUGGGACAAUCCCAGGAAAGUGGGCUCUAAAGUGACUGAAUCUGAUGGCAGCUAUUAUCGAGGGCCAGGAUCCGGAACAAGUUCCUUCCUCACCCACAGCAGACUGAGGAGCAACAAAUUCAUCAAAGGAGAUGAUGCCUUCUUACUCUUAAGUCUGGAAGAUAUUUCCAGCCUGCUGGUACCUCAGCCUCUGCCUCACUCUGCAGUCCAGGCUGCUGCCAGUCUAAUGAGGGCUGGAGACCACGACGCUCCACAGGGAGAUGCUAAUAACCCAACGGUGAUCACAACUGUGGCAGCAUCUGUGGGAGCAGUCGCGUUGGUGGUUUCCAUGCUGACUGCAGUGAACACCUGGCUGAUGAGGAGGAGACAAUACAAGAGCGACAAAGUGGUGAUCAUACAGGACAUGUCUGGAUUCAUGGAAUGAGCGAGAACCCGACCAAAGAUUUACCUUCUUCUCUCACCAUCCCAUAAUGUCUUCACUGAGCAGAAGACAGGGCACAUCACUAAAUGAUGGCUACAAGUAUUUCAGCAGACUGCUACCUGAACCUAUCUCAUCUUUAAUCUGAAGUUGCAUGUUAAAAAUAAAAUUGGUCCCAUCAUCACAA